AUGGGCUUUACUCCUCCAGCCAGCGCGGGUGAACUACCCGCGAUCCCCGAUAACAUUCCCAUUAGCGAGUUCAUGCUCAACGAUCACUAUGGGCGAGCUCCUUUGCAAGAAUCAAGAGACCCAUUUACAUGCGGAAUCACCGGAAAAUCCUACUCCGUCGCUCAGGUUGCAGAGAGAGUUGACUAUUUAACUCGAGCACUAGCUAAGGAGUUCAACUGGGCCCCAAAUAGUGGUACGGAGUGGGACAAAGCAGUGGCAGUCUUCAGCGUAAACACGAUCGACACGCUCCCCCUGUCCUGGGCAACCCAUCAGUUGGGAGGAAUUGUUUCUCCUGCCAACGCAGCUUACUCUGCGGCCGAGUUGAAACAUCAGCUGCUCGAUUCCCAAGCAAAAGCCUUGUUCACAUGUGUUCCUUUGCUCUCCACUGCCUUGGAGGCGGCGGCCUUGGCUGGGUUUCCCCAAGACCGCAUCUACCUGCUUGAAGUACCCGCCGCACUCACAGGCGGUGCAAGCAUCCCUGCGCAAUACAAGACCGUCUCCCAAUUCAUCGAAGCAGGAAAAUCACUUCCUAAAGUAGAGAAACUCAACUGGAGCGCAGGAGAGGGUGCUCGUCGAACCGCAUUUCUAUGCUAUUCCAGUGGCACAUCAGGACUGCCUAAAGGUGUCAUGAUCUCUCACAGGAACGUGAUCGCAAACGUUUUGCAAAUUUCCGCUUUCGAAAAGACUCAUCGCGACAACCUCGGCACGUCUAAGGGACGUUCCAGACAUAACGAAGUCUCUUUAGGUCUCCUUCCUCAGAGCCACAUCUAUGCAUUGGUGGUUGUGUGCCAUGCUGGCCCCUAUAGAGGUGACCAGGUGAUUGUAUUACCAAAGUUCGAACUGAAGUCGUACCUCUCUGCCAUCCAAACCUUCAAGAUUGCGUCCCUUUUCUUGGUGCCUCCAAUCAUCAUUACCAUGCUCCGAAACCAGGAUGUCUGCAACAAGUACGACCUGUCCUCGGUCGAUUCAUUGUUCAGUGGUGCAGCUCCCUUGGGUAUGGAAACAGCCGAAGAUUUUCAAAAGGUAUACCCAGGAGUUACGAUCCGGCAAGGUUACGGUCUGACAGAGACAUGCACGGUCGCCUCCUCGACUCACCCUGCCGACGUCUUCUUUGGAUCCUCCGGCUGUCUCCUCCCUGGGUUUGAAGCUCGCAUAGUCACUCCAGACGGCCAGGAAAUUACAAGCUAUGACACUCCCGGAGAACUUUUGCUCCGCAGUCCAAGUGCGGUGCUGGGUUAUCUCAACAAUGACAAGGCCAACAAGGAGACAUUUGAGGACGGAUGGGUGCGCACCGGUGACGAAGCCGUUAUCCGCCUGAGCCCAAAGAACACUGAGCAUGUGUUCAUUGUUGAUCGCAUCAAGGAACUGAUCAAGGUCAAGGGUCUACAAGUUGCCCCGGCGGAGCUUGAGGCCCACCUACUCACCCAUCCCGCUGUCGCAGAUUGUGCCGUCAUCGCUGUCCCCGACGAGGCUGCUGGCGAGAUUCCAAAGGCUAUAGUUGUCAAAUCCGCCUCGGCUGACAAGGACGAUGAGAAGACGAUACAGUCAAUCAAGAAGUUUGUGGAAGAGCACAAGGCUCGGCAUAAGUGGUUGAAGGGUGGCGUUCGAUUCAUCGACGCUAUUCCGAAAAGCCCUAGUGGAAAGAUUUUGCGCCGGUUUCUUCGAGACCAGGAGAAGGAGGCGCGCAGGCGCGCUGGCAGAGCCGAAGAAGAUGCCUACGUAGGGGCUGACGAGGCCGAAGAAAUCUUCCAGCGGGAUGAGGACCAUCCCAUGGACUCCGACGGCGACGAUGGAGACGAGCCCAUGACCUUUGAACAGGAGGAAAUCACCUUGGAGAACGACUCUUCCGCCCAUUUCGAUCUUCAUUCAGACUCGAUCUUCUGCAUUGCCCAACACCCAAUCCACAACUCUAUCGUUCUCACCGGCUCCGGCGACGAUACCGCAUACAUCUUCGAUUCUACACCGCAGACCGAGCGCCCUCUUCUGCCACAGAGUUACGAGUCGAACCCGCAACCGAAGAAGGAGCGGGACUCUCUGCAGCCCAUCACGAAGAUUGAAGGCCACAAGGAUACCGUCAAUGCAGUUGCGUUCACUGAACCCAAGGGUGAAUAUGCCGUGACAGCGGGUUUAGAUGGUCAGCUGCGCGUAUUGCGCGAUACUACUCCCCAGCUUACUGGCCAGGCUUGGGAGUUUGUCGCGGAGGCGCAGGAAGUGGAGGAAAUCAAUUGGGUUGCUGUUUGUCCUUGUGAGAAUGGUGAUGAGGAGAAGAGCAACGUGAUUGCUAUGGGAGCGAAUGACGGUAGCGCUUGGGUGUUCCGUAUUGACCACAAGGACGCCGCUCAGCCGAUCUCGAUCAUCCAGACCUUCUUCCAGCACACCGGAUCCUGCACAGCGGGUGCCUGGACACCCGACGGAAAGCUUCUCGCAACCGUCUCGGAGGAUGGCAGCUUCUACGUAUAUGAUGUCUUUGGCGCUGCCGCCGCCGCCGGUAUCUCCUACUCCGCCGGAACUAGUGCCGUUGUCGGAUUGACCGCAGAUGACCAGCGGUUUGAGGUGGAAGGAGGUCUUUACUCUGUUGCCGUUGCGCCGGGUGGUGGGUUCGCCGCUGUUGGUGGCGCGGAAGGUCACAUCAAGAUUGUCGGCCUUCCUCGUCUGGCAUCUGGCGGUGCUGCUGCAUCGAAAGCGAAGGGUAAGGCUUCCGGCUCGCAAUCGACAAGUGCUGCUGCUGGUACUCUGCUGGCUUCUCUUCAAGCUCAGUCCGAUGGCAUUGAGACUCUGUCCUUCUCCUCUCCUCCCUUGAGUCUUCUCGCUGCCGGCUCGGUGGACGGAUCGAUUGCCCUGUUCGAUACCGCCCACCGCUUUGCUCUCCGUCGCCAUAUCAAGGAGGCAUCCGAAGGUGCCGUGGUUAAGGUUGAAUUCCUUCAGAGCCGCGGUGGAGCGAGUCCCUUGCCUCCCCGUGGUCCUGUUGCCGCGGCUGCACAAGGUCAGCCAUGGCUUCUCACUUCCGUCGGCAUGGACGGUGUGGUAAGGCGCUGGGAUGCCCGUGGUGGCACUGCAGCUGCCGCACAGGGACUGUUGAAGGAAUGGAAGGGCCAUUUAGGUCUCACCGAGAACUCGGAGGGUGAGCAGUCCGGUGGCAUUAUGGCCUUUGUUCAAUCGUCGGAUGGAAAGCGGGUUGUCACUGCGGGUGACGAUGGCAUUGCCUUUGCCUUUGAAGAGUAA